AUGACAAUGGAUUACUUUCUGCUUUUAUGCAGCCUCUUGCUGCCCAUGGUGUCCUCCGUAGAAGAGACGCUGAUGGACACGAAGUGGGCCACGACAGAAUUAGCCUGGACUGCACACCCUGAGACUGGGUGGGAAGAAGUAAGUGGCUAUGAUGAUGCCAUGAACCCCAUCAGGACGUAUCAAGUCUGCAAUGUACGUGAGGCCAACCAGAAUAACUGGCUACGCAGUGACUUCAUCCCGCGAAAGGAUGUGCUGCGUGUAUAUGUCGAGAUGAAAUUCACUGUGCGUGAUUGCAACAGCAUCCCCAACAUCCCCGGCUCCUGCAAAGAGACCUUCAACCUCUUCUACUAUGAGUCCGACUCCGACUCGGCCACAGCCACCAGCCCUUUCUGGAUGGAGAACCCUUAUGUGAAGGUGGACACUAUUGCCCCAGACGAGAGCUUCUCCAUGCUCGAGUCAGGACGGGUAAACACAAAAGUCAGAAGUUUCGGCCCUCUGUCCAAAGCCGGGUUCUACUUGGCCUUCCAGGACCUUGGCGCUUGCAUGUCACUCAUCUCAGUGAGGGUGUUUUAUAAGAAGUGCUCCACCACAAUUGCCAACUUUGCCGUGUUCCCAGAGACGGCAACUGGGGCUGAGGCAACGUCCUUGGUCAUUGCGCCAGGAACUUGUGUCCCCAACGCUCUGGAGGUGUCCGUGCCACUGAAGCUUUACUGCAACGGUGACGGGGAGUGGAUGGUUCCUGUCGGAGCCUGCACCUGUUCGUCUGGUUUUGAACCAUCAUUAAAGGAAACCCAAUGUCAAGCUUGCAACCCCGGCACCUUCAAGUCCAAACAGGGAGACGGCUUCUGCCUGCCGUGUCCCGACCACAGCGUCGCCGGCUCGGGAGCAGCCAGCAUCUGCUCCUGUCGAAACGGUUACUACCGAUCGGACACCGACUCGCCCGACUCCCCCUGCACCACUGUUCCCUCGGCUCCACGCAGCGUCAUCUCCAUCGUGAACGAAACCUCGCUCGUGCUGGAGUGGAGCGAGCCGCGCGACAUGGGCGACCGCGACGACAUCUUCUACAACGUCAUCUGCAAGAAAUGCCUGCCCGAGCGGGGGAUGUGCUCGCGUUGCGACGACAACGUGGACAUCUCGCCGCGCCACCUGGGCCUGACCCAGCGCCGCGUGGCCGUCCGGAACCUGCAGGCGCACACGCAGUACAGCUUCGAGAUCCAGGCGGUCAACGGAGUGUCCAACAAGAGCCCGUACACACCUCAUUUCUCCGCAGUGAACAUCACCACCAAUCAGGCCGCUCCGUCCGCAGUGCCCACCGUCCACCUGAUGGCGGCCACAGCGAGCACCAUGAGCCUGUCCUGGCUGCCUCCAGACAAGCCCAACGGAAUCAUUCUGGAUUAUGAGAUUAAGUACCAUGAGAAGGUAAGCGGCAAUGAUCAGGGUGAGGCCAUCGCCCAUACUAUGACCGCCCAGCGGAGCAACGCACGCAUCGAAGGUCUCAAGGCUGGUACGCCUUAUGUGGUGCAGGUCCGGGCCCGAACUGUAGCUGGUUACGGUCGCUACAGCAGCCCAGCCGACUUCAGCACCAACCUGCAAACCGACCCUCCCAAGUCAUGGCAAGAGCAGGUGCCACUCAUCGUGGGAUCAGCCACCACCACCUUUGUCUUCAUCAUUGCAGUUGUGGUCAUCGCAAUCGUCUGCCUCAGAAAGCAGAGGAACGGCUCAGAGUCGGAGUACACAGAGAAACUGCAGCAAUACAAAUCCCCUAUAGUAACGCCGGGAAUGAAGGUCUACAUUGAUCCCUUCACCUACGAGGACCCCAAUGAAGCAGUGCGCGAGUUUGCCAAGGAGAUCGACGUGUCCUGCGUGAAGAUCGAGGAGGUCAUCGGCGCAGGUAACCCACCCAAGCUCCUGAGCUACAGGGGGAAGACUGCUAGUCACCUCCAGGCCAUACCGUUAGAGGACUUCACACCAAGCGGAGAGUUUGGGGAAGUGUGCCGUGGUCGCCUCAAGCUGCCUGGGAGACGGGAGAUCAUCGUAGCCAUCAAGACCCUGAAGGUGGGCUACACUGACCGCCAGAGGCGAGACUUCCUGUCCGAGGCUUCCAUCAUGGGCCAGUUCGACCAUCCCAACAUCAUCCGUUUGGAAGGCGUAGUCACCAAGAGCCGGCCGGUGAUGAUCGUGACCGAGUUCAUGGAGAAUGGGGCACUGGACUCAUUCCUGAGGCUCAAUGACGGGCAGUUUACUGUGAUCCAGCUGGUCGGGAUGCUGCGCGGCAUCGCGGCGGGCAUGAAGUACCUGUCGGACAUGAACUACGUGCACAGAGACUUGGCCGCCCGCAACAUCCUGGUCAACAGUAACCUGGUGUGUAAGGUGUCUGACUUUGGCCUGUCCCGUUUCCUGGAGGACGACGCCACAGACCCAACCUACACCAGCUCACUGGGCGGCAAGAUCCCCAUUCGCUGGACGGCUCCCGAGGCCAUCGCGUACAGGAAGUUCACCUCGGCCAGUGACGUCUGGAGCUACGGCAUCGUCAUGUGGGAGGUGAUGUCGUACGGCGAGCGGCCGUACUGGGACAUGAGCAAUCAAGAUGUGAUAAAUGCCGUUGAGCAGGACUACCGACUGCCCCCACCCAUGGACUGCCCCACAGCGCUGCACCAGCUCAUGCUGGACUGCUGGGUGAAGGAGAGGAACCUGCGACCGAAAUUCACCCAGAUUGUGGCCACGCUGGAUAAGCUUAUCCGCAAUGCUGCCAGCCUCAAGGUGGUCACGAACAGCACACAGUCCACAGGGGUGUCCCAGCCCUUGCUUGACCGCUGUGUCCCAGACUAUACCACUUUCACCACUGUGGGGGACUGGCUGGACGCCAUCAAGAUGAGCCGCUACCGUGACAACUUCGUCAAUGCCGGAUUCGCUUCCUUCGACCUGGUGGCCCAGAUGACGGCAGAGGACCUGCUGCGGAUAGGAGUGACGCUGGCCGGCCAUCAAAAGAAGAUUCUCGGGAGCAUUCAGGACAUGAGACUACAGAUGAACCAAACACUUCCUGUCCAGGUGUGA